AUGGGUAACAACAAGGUUAACGAGAAAAACUCCACCGCUUCCAACCAUAAUUUGGUAGGACACCGCAUUGAUGGCGGUAGGUUAGAAUUUAUGAGUGUUUUAGGACUUGGUGCCUACGGAGUUGUAUAUCUUGCUCGAGAUCUUAACUCACCUGAUAUGCAACAUCCUAGACUUUAUGCGGUCAAAGCGUUGAACAAAGUCGGCCUCGAUGCGCGUCAAAAAUCGUUCCAACGACGCGAGAUUGCCUUACAUUCUCUUGCAUCACCUCAUCCUUCAAUUGUAACGCUUCACGCCGUCAUCGAGUCACCUUCUUGCAUCUUUGUCAUUCUUGAUUAUUGUCCCGAUGGUGAUCUUUUUGGAAUGAUCACUGAUAAACAACGAUACUUGAGCAAGACCGAUUUGAUCAAACAGGUCUUUAUUCAAAUUGUUGAAGCUGUCCAGUUUUGUCAUCGACUUGGUAUCAGUCAUCGAGAUCUCAAGCCUGAAAAUAUUUUGUGCAAAAAGGGUGGAGAAGAUGUUGUCCUGGCUGAUUUUGGGCUUGCUACUUCUGAGCGAACAAGUUCUGAUUUUGGAUGUGGUAGCACGUUCUAUAUGAGUCCUGAAUGUCAAGGUGGUUUGUUCCAACGCUUGGGUUCAUACUCAACUCUUCAUAACGAUAUUUGGUCUCUCGGUGUGAUUUUAGUCAAUUUGACUUGUGGUCGAAACCCUUGGAAGCAAGCAUGUCCAUCGGACGAGACCUUCCGAGCUUACUUGGCAAAUCCUGACUUUCUACGAUCAAUCUUACCCGUCAGCGAUUCUUGCAACAAAAUUCUCAAACGGAUUUUUGCUCUCAAUCCAUUGGCCAGAAUCUCACUUGCAGACUUGAAGACUGAAAUAGCUAAAGUGGACACCUUCAACAUGACAACUGAGGAAUUGAGCAAGUCUACUAGAGCUACUCGUGAUGCCGCUAGAGCCUGGAGGAAGGAUGUGCCCGCCAGUCCCAAACCUGCACCACAGCCGCCAUCCUCGUGGAAGAAUACAUUGACAAAGAAGACGAAGAAAUCCAAGAACAAUGAAGCUCAUGCCCAACGCCAUCCGAUCCCAGCAGAUGGUAGUGUGUGGGAUCAACCAGUCAGAUAUGAAGAGAGUUCUUCGAGUAGCUCUGCGACCUUCUACAACAACGAAUCGAAUGAUAGCUCACUUUGGAAUUACCCCAACUCCCGACCUGCUCCCCGUCAAACUGAUGCUCAAGACAAGCUUCGUUCGCCCAUCAAUGGUGUGGGUGCAGCUGCAAAGAAUUUGGAUGAUGAGACACCUCGUAUUAGGUUUGUUAGCCCACCUCAAACGCCCCGAACUCCCCAAAGAGUGCAUGCUCAGAAUGCAAUCAGCGGACGAGUUCCAACCGGUCCCUUGGUUAACGCUUUCACCUCUACCUCCAUCUCAUCCAGCAAUUCAUCUUCUUCAUCUUCUGGCGAUUGGAGUAAGAAGCCCCGUAACUUCACUAGUAGAUUUGGUGUGAGAAAGCAUGUCAACUUUGUAACCCCUCCUACCGAACCUACUGGCCACACGACGAAGAAGAAAUUACUCAUCAAGCCCAUGUCGUUCAACCGACCCAACGCACCUUCGCCUAUUGUUCUUAAACCUUCUACUCCUGAUUCUUCAGCAUCCUCUUCGUCCUCUCGUUCCCGAGGACUUGUCACCCCCACUGUCAAGAAAGGAAAGCAUACCACUCUCACUUUCCUCCCCUCAACACCUCCGUCGUCUGCUUCGCCCAAGUCCACCACCUUUGGAUUUUCACGCAACCCGAAGAAGUUCUAUGCUCAAGAGUUACCGCUCACACCGAUCACCCCAUCACACCCCAGACGUGAAGAUGACAAGGAUUGUAUCACAGGACACCCUCCUAGACGUCGUAUGAAUAAGAAUGGAGCACCAAUCACACCACCCAAGAAGAAACACGACCCCAGCAAGUUUUCUCUCUUUAGUUCAUCUGAUGAAGAAGGAUUUGAAGGAGUAGGAGAAAAGGUAGAUGCCGAUUUUGAUCCGGAAGAAGAUGAUGACGAGGAUGAAAGUUACCGGAGUAGUUAUCCUGCUUAUGCUGAAUGGGCUAAAACUAAUGAAUCAGUCAUUACUUCAGCUAUCAAGGCAUAGAAAGAAAGAGAGAGAGAGAGGUGUGUAAUUGGACAAUAUGUAUCGUGUAAUGCUUUUUUGUUUGUAUUCUUUCAUCUUUACUACUAGCUGUUGUACGGUUUGUUUCUUUUUUUUAUUUUCACUCCUUAUUUCUGUGCGAGAGACGAUGAUGAUGACGAGUAUCUUGCAACUAUCUGGUGUUUUUUUUCGAUGAUCGAACUUUUUCUCUUUCUCUGGACGCUUUUAUCUUUUACUUUUUUGGCUUUACUAAUGACACUAAAAUAUUGAAUGCGUAAUAAUCAAAUCAAAGAACCCGUUUC